GUGAGCUCUCUGGAUUGCCGCGUCCUCGGUGAGUCCUUCCUUCUGAUCUCCCUGGUCAUCUAUGUGAGUUGCACACCAUCAUGGAGACCCCUCUUGAGAAGGCCCUGACCACUAUGGUCACCACUUUCCACAAAUAUUCAGGGAGAGAGGGCAGCAAACUGACCCUGAGUCGGAGGGAACUGAAGGAGCUGAUCAAGAAGGAGCUGUGUCUUGGUGAGAAGAUGCAGGAGAGCAGCAUUGAUGACCUGAUGAAGAGCCUGGACAAAAACAGCGACCAGGAGAUCGACUUCAAGGAGUACUCGGUGUUCCUGACCACGCUGUGCAUGGCCUAUAACGACUUCUUCCUGGAGGACCGCAAGUGACGGCUCAGCCCCGCCCAGCCUCCGCAGCGCCUCUCACGGCGCCCUGUGCCCUCCCUCCCUCCCUCCCCCAUGGAUGCACCCGCGUCAG